CUCUCAAUCCAUAAUAAUAAACGUAAAGAAGGUUUUGUACCUUUAAAAUAUUUAAUGUGAGUGUAAAAAAUUUAAAUUCAUCCUUAAUUGUGAGUUAAAUGUACUUCUAAUUGUCAAAUGAAGUAAAUUGUAUCAAUAACGGUUGGAAAUUAUUAUUAAAACUAUCAAAAUUGUUAAAACAAAUCAAGAAUCUUUCAAAGCAAAAAUUUCAAAAUGAGUAUCUUAGAUCUACGUCCCUCGCCUGCCGACCUUUCAGAUAUUCCAUUUAUUUUGGAACAAUUGAAUAUUAUGGAUUCGCACAAUAACAACAGUAACGAUGGUGUUAUCGCAAAUGAUUCUUUUGAAGAUGAAGAAGAGGAAUAUGAUGGAAGAAAUUCUUUAAGACGAUCGGUUGAUGAACGAGCACUUGUACCACGUAUCAGUUCAUUGGAAAAUAGUUUAGUUGGUCAUAUUCACAAUUCCAUCCCAUCACUUGAUGAAAUGGUAAUUCGCCAAAGAGGACGGAAGAAGCAACCAGCUAAAAUUAGCUGGUCACCGGUAAAAUCUCCUUUCAAAACCCCAACAAAGAAAAGUAGCAGUCUUCACAUGUCUUUAUUGUCGCCAUCACCUGCUAAAAAUUUAUUUAACAACUCAACAUCAAUGACUUUAAGAAGCUCACCACGAAAGAGAAUUUUCGUCGAUGCACCAUCGAAACCAACGACACAGAAUCCAACAACAUCUACGCCAACUAUGACUCCACCAAAACGCUUUAAAUUCUUUAACGAUAAUACAACAAACAGAGCAAAUGAUAAUGUUCCAAUACGAACAUUGCUUAAAGGACUCGAUCAAGAUCAGUUGAUAAACAUUAUUUGUGAUAUAAGUUCACAAAAUUCAGCAGUUGAAGAAAGUGUGCGGAAGAAUCUCCCAUUACCCGACAUUCGUUCGUAUGAAGAGAAGAUUUGCGAGCUUCGUAAAAGUAUCACAAGAAGUUCACCACGUUCAAGAUUAUUAAGUAAAACAGAUGGGGCUGCCUUUUCAAGAGCUUCACCUCAUUUGAUUGCAUUUAAAAAAGCAAUUUAUAAUCAUUGCAAGAUUCUUAACGAUUCACAGCAUUAUGAGGCAUUGAUUGAUUAUAUUCUUAUGGUGUGGCCUUAUGUUCGUGCUCUUCCUCUUUGGGAUGAUGUCAGUCAUAAUAUUCUGCGGAAAGAUUGUUUCAAAGUUCUCACUUUAAAUGCUCGAUCAGCAAUCAGAAAUGGAGGAAUGAAAUUAAGUUUAGAAAAGGUUAAAAGCUUCCGAUGUAAAUUGAGUUCAAUGGCAGCUGAUCAUCCUGACAUUCUAAAGUGUCAUGACGCCUUAGUCUCGCUUGGGAGAAAAUUAGACGCAUGAGUAGAUUUUUUAGUUGAAAUAAUGAAAAAUUCAUAAAAGUUAUUAUAAAUAAAGUAAACCAAAUUUUAGUUUGAACAUUCUAAGUGAAACGUUUUGCUAUUAAUUUAAUAUUUUUUUUAUU